AUGUUUCAGUUUGCCAUGCUGCUGCUCGUAAACGCCGCCGGUGGUCGCCACGUCAAUUGCAGAGACGGGCCCUGCGCUCCGGGCAACGACAGAUGCAUUGGCAGCUCUCCGACGUACACUUUCCACUUGGCAGACCCCACCUGCGACAUCAACGAUCCAAACGGUCCUUUUUAUGACCCGGUGCAUGGGGUCUACCACAACUUCUAUCAGAUUCACCUGGCUCUAGACAGGAACGGUACAGGCAACGGUCCGGACUGGGGUCACUGGGUCAGCCGCGACUUCAAGAAGUGGGCGCGCAUGCCCGUUGCCAUCUGGAACGACCAGUGGUACGACAAUGUGGCCAUCUUCACUGGCUCAACGACCAUCGUAGACGGCAAGCCAGUGAUCAUGUAUCCCGGCAAGUGCCAGAACGACCCUUGGUGCGGCAAGGAUGGCUUCGUUUACGCCUUGGCGGUGCCUUCCAACGCAUCGGACCCACUGUACACCAACUGGUCGAAGACAGGCUCGGCCUUUGGCAAGAACUUCACCAACCCCAUACUCAGCAACACAGGCGAUGAUCCGUCCACUGCCUGGAAGACCGAGCACGGCGAGUGGCGAGUCAUUGGCAACCAGGCCUGUGAGCCGGAGGGCGGCAAUCCAAUCUACGGCUCCAUGGACUUCGUCCAGUGGUACAAGGUCGGUUGCACCUCGCUACAGGCAGGCGAGUGCCCCUCACUAUUCCCGUUGCCCAAGCUCACGCCCGGCAGCGAGAGGUACCUAGAGACGCAGGGCGAGCUCCCGAACUACGUCCACAAGGCUGGCGCGGGCCCGGACAGGCUCCAAGUCGGAACCUGGACGGACGGCAGGCCGGGCCCCGAGGGCUUGGGCACUGUCGGGACCUGGACGCAGCUUCCCGGCAGCCGUGAGGUGAGCCUCGAUAUCUACGCAGGUUAUGCCUCUAAGGACUUCUGGGACCCGGUGAAGGAGCGCCGCAUUCUCUGGCUUUGGGGCAGGAUCCCCUCGGGCAUCCAGGCCAUGCCCCGCGAGCUGACCUACCACGCCGGCCUCAAGCAGAUCCUCUACAAUCCGGUGGAGGAGAUCCGGGAUCUGCGCACCCACACGAUCUCCCGGCUUGGUUCCACGGCCCUGCAGCCGGGCCAGCAUGUCAUACUCCAGGCAGCGAUGGCCUCUGAGGUUUCGCUCGAGUUCGCCAUUCCGUCCUUUGACACCAACUUCAGCGUCACGCUCCUGCCGAGUGGCGGCAGUUUCUUCCUCGAUGUCGUCCAGUCCGCAAAUAGCACGCCGAGUGUGAAGGUUGGUUUCAACAAAAACCGCCAGCCGCUGCCGCUGCUCCCCGACGAAGAGAAGCUGACAAUGAGCCUCUUCAUCGAUGGCGCCGCUUGCGAGGUCUUCUUCCAGGACGGGCGCCUCGCCGGUGUCGUCCACAUCAAUGCCACGGAGUCGCUGGAGAUCGAGGCCAGCAGCGCCGCGCAGAUGGUGCAGGCGGUCUCCUAUGGCAUGGCGAACAUCUACACGUCCCCGGAGGAGGAAUGGGACCGUGGCCUGGUCAGCUGUCCCGUCCAAGAGACAUGGCCUGGCUACAGCUAUCAAGUCGAAGAUGAAAAUCGCGAAGCCAAAGAUCAGCCGGGGACCCAGACAGGCCAGUGA